UGAAAAACCAAUUUAAAAAGGUAGUGUUAAUUAAUGCAAGUAGUGUGUAUAUAUGUCAUAGUCACUACCUUCUCUUCCAGUUCAGCUAGAUACCAGUUUAAUGACUAUAAAUAUUCUCUAAUCUUCCUUUUCAUCACAAAAUUAUAAGAAACAUCAAUAUCUCAAUCCCAAUUAUCAUAAACAGUAAAUAGUGAGAGAAACUUAAAUAGAAUGGUUUUUCUAUUAGUACUUCUAAGACUUUACCAUGUGAUUGUUAAAUCAUGUUAUGAAGCUGCAAAGAAAUUGCAUAGUCACAGCUUUAAUUUUAUUGAUCUUUCAUCUAAACAACUUCAUCAACCUUCAACUUUUCCGAGUAUUUUGAAUUGUGAUUUAAAGGGGAGAGAUUCACAAACACUUGUUUGUGACAUUCAUGAUGUCCUAUUAAGGAACCAUUCAUUCUUUCCUUAUUUCAUGCUAGUUGCCUUUGAAGGUGGUAGCAUUUUAAGAGCUUUUCUAUUACUUUGUUCAUGUCCUAUGUUAUGCUUUUUGAGCUAUGAACAUAAGCUUAAAGUCAUGAUCUUCAUCACUUUUUGUGGACUUAAAAUCAAAGACAUGGAAAUGAUUGCAAGGGUAGUUUUACCAAAGUUUUACAUGGAGAAUCUUAACCUUAAGGCUUAUGAGGUUUUGGCUUCAGUAGGAUGUAGAGUUUUCUUCACUUGUGUGCCUAGAGUUAUGGUGGAAGGGUUUCUUAAGGAAUAUUUGAAUGGUGAUGAUGUUGUAGCUACAGAGUUACACACUGUUGGAUGUUACUUCACUGGUUUGAUUUCUAAGCAUGGUUUGGUUGAUAAGGAUAAUGCUCUCAUGGAUUAUUUUGGAUAUAGAAGACCUGAUUUAGGAAUUGGAAGCUCAUGUGUCAAUGAUCAUCAUUUUAUCUCUCAUUGUAAGGAAGCUUAUGUGGUGAGCAAUGAAAUAUGUCCAAGUUCAAUCAUGCCAAAGGAAAAGUAUCCAAAGCCAUUAAUAUUUCAUGAUGGAAGACUAGCAUUUUUCCCUACACCUUCAUCAACUCUCUACAUGUUCAUGUGGCUUCCAUUUUCAAUUCCAUUAUCAAUUUAUAGAUUAUUUCUUGGCACAAUAGUUUAUUACAAAUGGGGACUUGCAUUAGUAGCAUAUAGUGGUAUAACUAUAAAUAUCAAAGGCUAUAGUAUUACAAACCCUAAAAAAAUUUCAAUAACAAACAAAGGUGUACUCUAUGUUUGUACACAUAGGACAUUAUUAGAUCCUGUUUUUCUUAGCAUGAGUUUGAGAAAACCUUUAACAACGGUAACUUAUAGCUUAAGCAAAGUGUCGGAGAUCAUGUCUCCGAUUAAGACGAUGAGUUUAACAAGGGAUAGAGAACAAGAUAGGGAAACAAUGCAAAGGUUGUUAAGUGAAGGUGAUUUAGUUGUUUGUCCUGAAGGAACAACUUGUAGGGAACCUUAUUUAUUAAGGUUUAGUUCACUUUUUGCUGAACUUGCUGAUGAGAUUGUUCCAGUGGCUAUGAAUGUUAAUGUGAGUAUGUUUUAUGGUACAACAGCUAGUGGAUUAAAAUGUUUGGACUCUUUUCUAUUUUUGAUGAAUCCAUGGCCUAGUUAUAAUAUUGAAGUACUUGAAAAGGUACCAAAAGAACUCACUUGUGCUGGUGGAAAAUCUCCUUUUGAAGUGGCUAAUUAUAUACAAAGAGAGUUGGGUGAUGCUUUAGGGUUUGAGUGUACAAAUAUUACAAGGAGGGAUAAAUAUAUGAUGUUAGCUGGGAAUGAAGGUGUUGUUCAAAAAAAGAAGUGAAAAUUAUGGUGUUUGAAGUUUCACAUUCAAAGAAGAUAUGUAACUCUUUUCCACUAAAUGAAUGAAAGAAAAUGAGUGUGACUGUUGUUUUUUUUUAGGUGAA